CUGCAUAUGAACAAGAUGUCUAUGAAAUGGCUCUUGCUUCUGCAGCUGUUACAGCUCACUUUCUAUUUUAGCUCUGGGAGUUGUGGAAAAGUGCUGGUGUGGCCAGUGGAAUUUAGUCACUGGAUGAAUAUGAAGACAAUUCUGGAUGAGCUUGUGACGAGGGGUCAUGAGGUGACUGUACUGCAAUCUUCAGCUUCCACUCUUAUUGAUCCCAACAAACCAUUGGCUAUGAAAUUUGAGACUUUCCCUGUAUCUUUAGCUAAAGAUGAUUUUCAGACUCUUGCCAAGAUUUUGAUUGAGACAUGGAUGCUUGUGGUGAAAGAUUUCUUUUGGAUCCAUCUUUCAACAAUGCAAAGUCUACUUGAUGAGUUUUCUGAUAUUGGUAUAAAGAUAUGUAAGGAAGUUGUUUCAAAUAAGAAACUUAUGACAAAACUACAGGAAUCGAGGUUUGAUGUCGUUCUUGCAGAUGCUGUUGGACCCUGUGGAGAGCUGCUGGCUGAGAUACUUAAAGUACCUUUAGUGUACAGUCUCUACUUCUCACCGGGCUAUUUGGUUGAAAAAAGGAGUGCAAGACUUUCAUUUCCACCAUCCUAUGUACCUGUUAUGUUGUCUGAAUUAAGUGAUCACAUGACAUUCAUGGAGAGGGUCAAAAAUAUGAUAUAUGUACUUUAUUUUGACUACUGGUUUCAGCUGUACAAUGAGAAGAAGUGGAAUCAGUUUUACAGUGAAGUACUAGGAAGGCCCACUACAAUAGCAGAGUCAAUGGGGAAAGCCGAAAUGUGGCUUAUUCGAAACUAUUGGGAUUUUUCAUUUCCUCGUCCAGGACUACCAAAUGUUGAAUUUGUAGGAGGCCUCCACUGCAAACCUGCCAAGCCCCUGCCUAAGGAAAUGGAAGAAUUUGUGCAGAGCUCUGGAGAACAUGGUAUUGUGGUGUUUUCGUUGGGGUCAAUGGUCAGUAACAUGUCAGAAGAAAGAGCCAAUGUGAUUGCAUCAGCCCUUGCCCAGAUUCCACAAAAGGUUCUAUGGAGAUAUGAUGGCAAGAAACCAGACACCUUAGGACCCAAUACUCGGCUGUAUAAGUGGAUCCCCCAGAAUGACCUUCUUGGUCAUCCAAAAACCAAAGCCUUUAUAACUCAUGGUGGAAGCAAUGGCAUUUAUGAGGCCAUCUACCAUGGAAUCCCUAUGGUGGGCCUUCCUUUGUUUGCUGAUCAACCUCAUAACAUUGUUCAUAUGACGGCCAAGGGAGCAGCUAUCAGAUUGGACUUGGAAACAAUGUCAACAGCAGAUUUGCUCAAUGCAUUGAAGGAAGUCAUUAAUAAUCCUUUCUACAAAGAGAAUAUCAUGAGGUUAUCAGCCAUUCAACAUGAUCAGCCUAUGAAACCCUUGGACAGAGCAGUCUUCUGGAUUGAAUUUGUCAUGCGGCACAAAGGAGCCAAGCACCUGCGGCCAGCCUCCCACAACCUCACCUGGUUCCAGUACCACUCUCUGGAUGUGAUUGGGUUUCUGCUGGCCUGUGUGGCAACUGUUGUAUUUGUCAUUACAAAGUGUUGUCUGUUUUGUUGCCGGAAGUUUGCUAACAUAGGAAAGAAGGGGAAAAGAGACUAGCUGUUUCUGAGAUGUCUAGCAAUUUUGCCACAUAAGUAGAACUCCUCAUAUUUAUUACAGUAGGAUGAAUUAUGAUAAAGUUCUACUCCUCCUGUGAUAAAAUAUAAAUUUUACUUUCAAGGGAUUUUCUACCUGACAAAAAUAUGUCUUGCCAAGAAAAAACACUGAGGAAAAAUUAAAUAAAAAUAAAACUAUAUGCAUACAUAUUGAAAUUUAAUUUUUUAAUUCAAAAGUUAAUCUAAAAAGAAAUUAUUGUGUUUAACUAUUUUUCACAUGCUCUUUGUAAAAACAACAACAACAAGAAGUCUACUUACAGCAUCUGUGUCAUUUUCUAGAUAUUCAGAAUUUUUAACUUCAUUUUGGUGUCAAAUAGGUUUUCCUUGUUAUUGAAAUUGUUCAAUAAUUGGAAUUCUGUAAAAAGAUUCAUCAAUUUAUUCUAUUUGUGAGACCACUAUCCUGUCUUCAUUUCUACUGUUUAUGCAGCCUCAGCAUCACCUCCUACCUAGAGCCAUGGCAAGACAUUUGCAUUCAUCCAGUUUAGCUUAUUUCCCAAAGAGUGUUUGUAAAAUUAGAAAUAUAGCAACUGCUACCUGCUUCCUAUUAUAAAAUUGAAAUAUUUGUGAAAAUCUUUAAUUUCAUGACUUAAUUCUCUUUUGCUCAUCCACCUUUUAGUCACCUAUUAUUUUCCCUCCCAUACUCAACUUUUAAUAAUGGAUGUAAGUUCUCAACUGUAUAUUAAAAAAAUAUAUA